AAGGCAGAGAGCUUCCAGAAGAGAAUGAUGAAGAAUCCAUCAGGAUACAAGAUCAUGGAGAUGCUUCUAUUUCUUUAGAGGCUGAAGACAGUAAGAAGGAUGAAGAUUACAGUGAUGUAGAUCACCCUUUCUCUGAGCUGAAACACUUGUCAGACUCUGGAUAUAAGAAAUGUUCUUCAAAGAAGAAAAAUGUGGAGUCAUCUUGGAAAGGCCGCAGAGGAGUGAAGCUUAGCUGCAAAGACUGUGGUAAAACAUUUACUGGAACAUACAGUUUAAACAAUCACAUGAGAAUCCACACAGGAGAGAAGCCUUUCUGUUGUGAUCAAUGUGGACAAAGAUUUAGCGAAAAAGGAAAUUUAACAAAACACAUGAGAAUCCACACAGGAGAGAAGCCUUUCUGUUGUGAUCUAUGUGGACAAAGAUUUACCCAUAAAUUAAGUUUACACAUACACACAAGAAUCCAUACCGGACAGAAGCCUUUCUGUUGUGAUCUAUGUGGAAAAAGAUUUAGUGGGAAAGGAACUUUAAACAGUCACAUGAGAAUCCAUACAGGACAGAAGCCUUUCUGUUGUGAUCUAUGUGGACAAAGAUUUAGUGAGAAAGGAACUUUAAACAGACACAUUAGAAUCCAUACAGGACAGAAGCCUUUCUGUUGUGAUCUAUGUGGAAAAAGAUUUAGCGAGAAAGGAAAUUUAAAAAAACACAUCAGAAUCCACACAGGAGAUAAGCCUUUCUGUUGUGAUCUAUGUGGACAAAGAUUUAGCGACAAAGGAACUUUAAACAGUCACACGAGAAUUCACACAGGAGAGAAGCCUUUCUGUUGUGAUCUAUGUGGACAAAGAUUUAGCCAUAAAUCAAAUUUAAAAAGACACAUGAUGAUCCACACAGGAGAAAAGCCUUUCUGUUGUGAUGUAUGUGGACAAAGAUUUACCCAUAAAUUAAGUUUACACAUACACAUGAGAAUCCAUACAGGACAGAAGCCUUUCUGUUGUGAUCUCUGCGGAAAAAGAUUUAGCAUAAAAGAUCAUUUAAAGACACACAUGAAAAACCAUAAAACACAAGACAAGAAAAGUUUUUGAAUAUCACAUUUCAGUACAAGGCCAACGCAAGUGCUUUACAUGAAUAAAAUGUCAAAAAAUAAAAACAAUCAGUUGGAAUAAAAGUGUAAAAUUAAAACAAAAUAAAACAAGAAAAAAGAAACUAAGGGUAAAUAUUAAUGCGGUCUCAGUUAAAAGUUUAACUAGAACACUUAAAAUCAAUCUUAAGCAAAUGUCUUUAUAAUCCAGGGGCGGAUCCAGGAUUUUUCAAAGGGGGGUGCGCACCUAAGGGUCGUGGGGUCAAGGGUCAUGGG